CUGAAGAAGAAGCACCACAUAGGGUAGUUUAAUAUUUACAUCGGAAAAAUUUCUCUACACUUAAAAAAAAUUGCAAAAAUGUUUAUGGCUUAAAAGCACAAAAUUUAAAUAAUCAAAAUGAACGGCUUAAUAGUGUUUAACAGUGCAAAUGACGUUGUUUUCCAACAAUUCAACGCCGCACUGUCGGAAAAGGUAAAGGAUAUAGCAAUUAAGCAAGGACUGCUGGAUGAAGAUGCCAAUGGUGCUGUGGAUGGUAAUAUAAUUUUACAAAUAUUCAGUCCAGUUAUUAACUCGCAACGCAUAAUGCAUUUCCAAUUCGAUAACACAUACGCCAGCUUCGAGUGCGAAAACGGCUUGAAUUUUACAUUUGGCGAACUGCUCGGUUGCACGUUCAUCAAAAUUGGACAAAAACCAGUAAAAACUUUGAAACGUCACUUGGGUGUAGCUAUUGCACUAACGCGUCUUUUCUAUGGAGCAAACAUAUUUUCAACACAGGCCAGCAGCGUGCAGGAAGAACUGCUCUCCACUUGCUUGGAGUGCUAUGAAGAGCAUUUGUUUGACACCGAACAGUCGAUGAUGUUAGAAGCGCUGCCACAUUUAUUGAUUAAUGCAGAACUAAAGCGUACAGUUCGUUCAACUUUGGAUGCUGCACUGGAGCGCCUACGAGAGUUUGGCUAUAAUCGUGCGCACGCAUUAAUGUUUGUCUCGCAUAAGUUUGUAAGCAUAACCAGCACAAAGCAAGCCCUGAGUUUGAGUGCGGCAGAUCUGCUAUUCUUAGCACUGCUGGUUCGCUCCCUACAGCAGGACACAAAGCCACUAAACAACUCUGUGGCAGUAUUUUUGCAGGGCUUGUCGCAGGAUCCAUGUUCAGGCUGUGUGCCUUGCAUAGCGCAUCUGACGCAAUUGGAAAAAGGCAUUGUGCUCAUACAAAUCGUAGAAUACGCAAAUGUCCAGGUGGCUAGCAGCAUUUACGACACUUUCUUCGUGCUGCAGAAAAUUGUUUCCGUGCAAACGCAAGGCGAUACAGAUGCCUUGAAGCAAUCCUAUGAGUGUCUGAAAGUAUUUGUUAAGCAAUCGUUGGAUUCCCUAAAACGUGCCAAGCUCAAGGGUGACGAUCUUGAGAUUGCAGUUAAAAAGUUCAGUGCUAAAUGGGAAAACCUGCGCAAAAUGUAUGCGGAGUUUUUAAAGGGUUUUGAACGUGAAAUGCUGGUACGGAUAGAAUCGAAUAUGCCCUCCUUUGUGGAGGAUUUAAAACAACUAUUUACGCUGUCCUGUUGUGAUAGUUCUUCAGUAGCACUGGACCAACUGCCCGAAGUAGCUAGUAUUGUCGACAGCAAGUUAAUCGAAGUUUCUGAAUUUUUAGCUGUCAAGGCGGAACGCAACAUUUCCAUAGAAGCUUAUUUAGAGGACUUCCCCGGUUUAAUUCACUUUAUGUACAUAAAUCGUUCAUCUGGGCUUAUGAUAGCGCCCGACUUAAGAGUCAAUCAACUUGUGCCAAAGGAGAAACUUUGGUCAAUGGUGGAAUUCACACGCAACUAUUUGAAGAAAGGUCAAACAACUGUCAUGUGGAAAGACAAAACUUUCAAUUACUCUUAUUUUUUGUGGUUUGAGGAUCAAGCGAGUGGGGCCUUGAAAUCAGUUGAUCUACAGCAGCAUUUCAAUGCUCCCGCAACGGCAGGUAAAGUUCUCAAAACGCAGUAUGAGCCUGGCUUGCUUGCGAUGGAGUAUUAUCAGCAAUUGGCUGAAGAGUGUUUUCCCGAAGCGGCACCAGGCAAAAUUAAAUGCUACGAAUUAUUUUGUAUACAUUUGGGUUUGGUAACAGCAACGUGUGCAGUUGAACAUUCCAGGAGAUUAGUAGCCACUAUAGCAGAUGUGAUUGGAGAAGACUGUUUUUAAGUUAUGUAGUAGUUUUGUAAGAAAAUUGGACUAGCAGAUAGCUCAGUACUAAGUGCCAGCUGGAACUCAAAAAGCUUGCAGAGAAAUGACUCGGCUUACCAAUAAUAAUCGGAAGUUUGGCUGUAACCAGAAUAUUUAAGCUUAUAACUUUGGUAACUUUACUAAUCAUCGCUGGUACUUUUUGAUGAGCUCUGCAGUAUCAGUGUUCCUUUAUCAAUGUUUUAUAAAGGAUUUGUUAUCCAUUUAUUCCUUCUAGUCUCAUA